AUGGCGACCUUCCUCUCCGUCGGCAACGGCGUCGUUGCCAAAGACGGCGUGGCCGAGGGCGAGGCCGCGCAGUACCAAGCCCUCAAGCGCCGGGUGCUCGAGGAGCAGGAGCGCAAGAGGCAGGAGGAACGCGAGAGGCGGGUCAGUCUGGGGUUACCGCCCGAGAUGACGCGGGAGGAGAAGAAGGAGCAGAAGAGGAAGGAGAAGGAGAGGCGGAAAUCCGAGGCGGCCAAGGAGCGGGAAAGGGAGGGCGGAGUGGGUAGGCGGAGAGUGCUGGGGAUGCUGUGUUUCGGCCCUGAAUGA